AUGGCCAAUGCUAAAAAUGAACGUACUUUUAUUAUGGUUAAACCUGAUGGUGUACAACGUGGUGUUGUCGGAGAUGUUCUUCAUCGAUUUGAACGACGUGGAUAUAAACUUGUUGCACUUAAAAUGAUUCAGGCACCGAAAGUUUUGCUUGAAAGUCAUUAUGCAGAACAUAAAGGCAAGAAAUUUUAUGAACCACUUUUGACAUAUAUUGGUAGUGGACCUGUUGUUGCUAUGGUAUGGGAAGGUUUAAAUAUUGUUUCUGUUGGUCGUAAAAUGCUUGGUGCUACUGAUCCAGCUAAAUCUGAACCUGGAACUAUCCGUGGUGAUUAUGGGAUUGUAACAGGACGUAAUAUUGUUCAUGGUAGUGAUUCAGAAACAUCUGCACAACGUGAAAUUGAUUUAUGGUUUCGACCUGAUGAAAUCAAUCAAUGGCCACAUACAGCUGAAAAAUGGAUUUAUGAAUAA